CUGGAGACUGCUAGUUUAGCUGCUUGUGAGAUCAUUUCCUGCCCUGGGAUCAGAGCAGUAUCUGUGGAAGUAACAGAUAGAACUCUUCUAGGUGAACAACAUGUCUUCUAACUCCAACCUGAGCACCAUGCAGAGACUGGUGGAGCAGCUGAAGCUGGAGGCCAGCGUGGAGAGGAUCAAGGUUUCUCAAGCAGCAGCAGAGCUUCAACAGUACUGUAUGCAGAAUGCCUGUAAGGAUGCUCUCUUGGUUGGGAUGCCGGCUGGGAGUAAUCCAUUCCGUGAGCCCAGGUCAUGUUCAUUGCUUUAAGGCUGCUGUACUUGAUUGCUGACCGAUGUAUGUAUCAUUUGAAGAUCUCGAAUAUAUACAGCCUGCCUUUUCGGUGCCAUUCCAAAUGCGGCCAAAACCUUCACCUUUCAAAUAUUUAUUAGUCCUUUUCCAAUCCUUAUCUUACAGUUUUUUGUAUAAUUUUCUUUUCUAAACAACGGCAAAAAAUGAUGCUACUGUAUGUCAGUGUAGAAGAUUAGAAAUGUCACAGAAUCUGCAGAUCUGCUUAAACCUCUACCAAUUUCAUCUGAAAGUUGCAGGGAUUUGUGGUUAAAAGAAAUAUUGCUAAUAUUUUCUAUUUAAAGUGAAAAAGUAUUUUUCUGGACAGGUAUAAUUGUUAUAUGAAUAACUAUACAUUGUCUUCUGAAAUGUAACAUUUUUAUAACUUCAAAAUAAAUAUCACACUUUUAUUUGCAAAG